AUGGAGACAAAAUGGCCAAACAAAACACUGGUGACCCACUUCAUUCUGGAGGGGUUGGCAAACACAUCAGAGUACCCCAUAUUUUUCUUCUUCCUCUUCUUCCUCAUCUACACGAUCACUGUGGUGGGGAACUUUUUCAUCCUACUGACAGUGAGCUGGGAUCCUCACCUCCACUCUCCCAUGUACCACUUUCUGGGCCACCUGUCGUUCCUGGAUGCUUGUCUGUCCACAGUGACUGUGCCCAAGGUCCUGGCAGGGCUCUUAACUCCAGAAGGAAAGGUGAUAUCCUUUGGGGGCUGUGCUAUACAGCUCUAUUCCUUCCACUUCCUGGCUAGUACUGAAUGUUUCCUCUAUACUGUCAUGGCCUAUGACCGCUAUUUGGCCAUCAGUCAGCCAUUGCGAUACCCAGUUGUCAUGAGUCAGAAGGUGUGUGCGGGGUUGGCAGGGGCUACGUGGGCCACUGGUGCCAUACACUCUGCUAUCCAUACCUCCCUCACCUUCCACCUGCCCUAUUGUGGGCCUUCCCACAUUGUCUACUUCUUCUGUGACAUCCCUCCUGUCCUGAAGCUGGCUUGUACAGAGACUGCCCUCAAUGAACUGGUCAUGCUGGCUAACAUUGGCAUUGUUGCAGCAGGCUGCCUGUUACUCAUCAUCAUCUCCUAUGUCUUCAUUGUGGCAUCUGUGCUGAGGAUUCGCACUUCAGAUGGCUGCCACCAGGCCUUUUCUACCUGCACAGCACACCUUACAGUGGUAUUUCUGUACUAUAUACCACCCAUAUGUAUCUACAUUCAGCCACACUCCAGUGGGGCAGAGAUAGGAGCCCCAGCCAUCUUCUACACAAUUGUUACCCCCAUGCUCAACCCCUUCAUUUACACCUUGAGGAAUAAGGAAGUGAAAAGGGCUCUAAGAAGACUUCUAUGCCAUGGACCUAGAGAGUCACCAGCUAUUAGUCCACCCCUGUGA